CAUCAACCGCGCCAUUCCAAAGGUGAUGCUAGCUAUGCAGUGACCACACUCGAUGCUUCUCUUUUCAUUAUGCCGCGUGACAAGCCCCGUCUCCAUCUAGCACUCUACUCUCGACCAAAGCAUCCGAAAUCGUAUCACUACGCCUUGUUCAUCAGCCCGAAGAAGCAGCCUGCGACCACAGCAAUCAAGCACCACGCACUAAAUACACUACAGCAGACAUCUCAAGGCGGUCUCGCUCAGCCAUGGCGCUACGAGCGCACGGAGGUAGAAAUUGCGAAUGAGCGAAGGCUGCUUGCUCUCGUCGUUGUAGGCAAAGUGAUCUGCGCUCAGGAGACUCUCGAUAGUGUACUGGAAGGCAUUCCGAUCUACCAAGUCGACGACGAGGACGAAGAGGCUGCGAAGUCCUUCAAUUGCAUUUCGUGGGCUCAGGCCGCUAUUGACAAACUGCACCGCGUGCAUGCCAUCAAUGGUCUUGGCGAUUGGCAAAACAUCCAGGACCUUGCUCUGGAAUAUGUUGAGCGUAAGAAGAAGCAAGGGCGAUGGGACGAGACCUCUCGCAAAGGCGUGCCGACCCUGGAUUUACUGAGUGGAAAAGAAUUGGUUGAAUGA